AUGGAGUUUGCAGGGCCAGAGAAGGACGGGUCUCCAGGUCUUUACAAGCUGACUGACUGUAUGUGUGUUUUAAUCCUGGGUGCUUCAGGUGGAGUUGGUACUUUUGCUAUACAGGUAAUGAAAGCAUGGGGUGCUAAUGUGACAGCAGUUUGCUCUCAGGAUGCCAGUGAACUUGUAAGGAAGCUUGGGGCAGAUGAUGUAAUUGAUUACAAAUCUGGAAAUGUGGAAGAGCAGUUGAAAUCUUUAAAACCGUUUGAUUUCAUUCUUGAUAAUGUUGGUGGAUCCACUGAAACAUGGGCUCUAAAUUUUCUCAAGAAAUGGUCAGGAGCCACAUAUGUGACUUUGGUGACCCCUUUUCUCCUGAACAUGGACCGACUGGGCAUCGCAGACGGCAUGCUGCAGACAGGAGUCACCGUGGGUUCUAAGGCAUUGAAGCAUUUCUGGCAAGGAGUCCAUUAUCGCUGGGCCUUUUUCAUAGCCAGUGGUGUGUAUCUAGAUGACAUUGCGAAACUGGUGGAUGAGGGAAAGGUACGUGCAACCCCUUGGAUUGCUGGAGCAUCCCCAGGAAUCUUGGCCACCCACCCACCAAGCCUAGUCAGUGGGAGCUCUCUGGGGGCAGAUGUGGUCAGUACCCAUGCUGCUUUCCACGGCCAAGUUUAG